AUGCCUCAAGCACAGCCAGAGUUGAAGAAGUACCUCGACCGCCGCCUGUUUGUACAGCUCAACGGCAGUCGCAAGGUCAUUGGUGUCCUUCGCGGUUACGAUGUCUUCUUGAACAUCGUCUUGGAUGAUGCUGUCGAGGAGAAAGCUGGCGGCGAGAAGGUCAGAAUCGGCCAAGUCGUAAUCCGCGGAAAUUCGGUUGUUAUGUUGGAAGCGCUGGAACGCAUGGACGAACACGACCGACGAUGA